AUGGAGGAGUUGGCCCAGCGGCUGCAGGCCAUGGAGGCGCGGCAGCAGGAACUGGUGCAGGAGCUCCAGCGGCAGCAGCAGCGCGGGCAGGCCGCGGAGCAAGGCCUGCAGGCGGCGCAGGCCGAGCUCGCGCAGCUUCGUGCCGCGCCCGCGGCGGCACCGCAGCAGCCGCUACUGGAGCGCCUUGGCGGCGCGACCGUGGACACGCGGACCCUGGGGAAGCCGGCGAGCUUCUCAGGGCGCCGCGAGGCGUGGCGGGAGUUCCGUUUCGUCUUCCAUGCCUUCGCCUGCGCCGCGCAUGCCAACAUGGCGGAGCUCUUCACGCGCGUGGAGGCGAUGGGAGCCAAUGUCGUGGAAGGUCAAGAUCUCGACGAGGCCACGGCCGCCUUGAGCCGCCAGCUGUAUUACAUGCUGGUGAUGACGACGACGGACGACGCUCACCUUCUCCUGCACAACGUGGAGGAGGGCAACGGCGCAGAGGCCUGGCGGCGGCUAUGCUGGGAGUACGAACCAGACGUGCGAGUCCGCCAUGGCGCAGUGCUGCACGCACUCCUGCGCCGCGAGUUCGGCAAGGACCCGAACGGCGACCUCGCGAAGGAGAUCGAGAGCUUCGAGCGGGACGUCCGGCGUCACGAGAAUCAGAGCGGGAAGGUGCUGGACGAGGACGUCAAGACCUCGACGUUGGUGGGCGGCAUGCAGAACACGAAGGUCCGGGAUCACCUCCUGCUCAACGCCGCUCGUCUGGACACGUUCCAGAGGCUGCGGGCGGAGGUCUUGAACUUCGCCGUGGCCAAGCGGACGUGGGCCCAGGACGUCGACGACCCCAUGCUGAUCGGAGCCGUCAAGGACGGCAAAGGCAAGACCUCCAAGGGCAAGGGGAAGGACUCCAAAUGGAAAGGAAAGGACUCCAAGGGCAAAGCCAAGACCAAAGACACCCACAACCCCGCCUCGGGCAAGGACUGCCACUACUGCGGGAAACCCAACCACUUCAAGAACGAGUGCAGGAAGCUCAAGGCCGACAUCAAGGCCGGGAAGGUGGACGCGAACGGCAACACGCAGCUGGCCCUGCCCGCGCCGGGCGUGCCGAUGCCGAUGAACGCGGCGUACCCGGCGCUCUUCCAGCCCAUGUGGUACCCGGGGCUCCGGCGCAGCAUCCAGCUCGUCUCCGGACGAGCCGUGGACGAUCCAUUGACGGUCAACAUGAUCCAGCCUGCUGGCAUGAUUGCUGCGGUGGGACAUGGUGGUGUCGAGCUCGCCCUGCUGGACUCCGGGUCGGGGGUCGUGGCAUGCCCUGCUGAUUAUGCACCUGAUGUUCCCAUGCUGCCUCCUCGUAGGGAUCUUCGUCCCAUGGUGAGUGCCACGAGCGAGCCCAUCAAGAACUACGGCACCAAGAACAUCACCUACGUGUUGGACAACGGGGAGGAGAUGGCUAUCACGUGGAACGUGACGAACGUGAACUGCCUGAUCCUCUCGGCCUCCGCGCUGCGGCGCGGAGGGGCGACUGUCGUGAUCGCCCCGGAGCGUGAGAUGCUCCACACUGCCAGUGGAGGCUGCGUCGACCUCGUCAUGCAGUCGGACGUGCCGUGGUUGAGGCCUCACCGAUCCGUGAAGGUCCCCAUCGGCCCCUCGGAUCACGAGAAGGAGGAGCACUACUUGACCCACAUCCCGUUUAGAUCAUGGUGCAGCUACUGCACACGGGCUGCGGCCCCUGACGAUCCUCACCAUCGGACGCGCAUGCCCGUUACGAUGCCUUUGAAGCCGAUUGUGAUGAUGGACUACACGUUCGUGACCGACCCCCCGUUCGACAUGAUGACGAUCCUGACCGUAUACGACCAGGAGCUCGGGAUGGUGUUGGCGCUGGUGGUGGACGAGAAGGGCCCCAUCGAGUACGCGAUCCGCAGCGUCACUGAGUACCUCGGGUACUGGGGUAGGAAGGCCAUCAUUUUGAGGGUCGACGGCGAGCCCGCCAUCAAGGCCCUGGCGGAGGCGAUCCGCAUCGGGCGUGCGGAUCCCACAGUCUUGGAGAUGAAGCCCCGGUACUCGCCUGAGUCCAUGGGCGGCGUCGAGAACAUGAACAAGGAGGUGAAGAACCUGCUGAGGACCAUCGUCCUGUACCUGAUGGACGUGGCGAAGGUCGAGCUGCACACUGGUCACCCGCUGGUGCCCUGGCUUGUGCGGCACUGCGGCUGGUGCAUAUGCAUGUACCGUGUGCGCGCGGACGGCCAGACGGGCUACGAGAGGUUGAAGGGCCGGCCAUACACCGGCAAGAUUGCCCUCUUCGGGGAGUGCCUGUGGUACCGAUCUGUCCGCCGCAAGGCUAUAGGCAAGAGGUGGAACAAGAAGAUGCUGGAUAAGGUGCUCUGCACUCCGUGGCUUCCGCGCCUGGACGCCCAGACCCCGGCCGUCCGGCCGAAGCGCUACAUCACGAAGGCUUACCUCGACAAGUACGGCCUCACUCCCGAGUGCCCCGGCUGCACGGGGCGCACGACGGGACACAGCGACACCUGCAAGGCGCCGCAGCCGGCGGCAUCCGGCCCUCAAGUCGAAGCCCCCCCGGGGCUCCCCGCACCUGCCGGAGCCGCUCCAGACGCCGACAUGGCAGCUCCGGCGGAGGAUGCGGCCCCUGCCGCUCCACCAGGGCUGGCCCCGGCAGCCUGUGACCCCGCCGUGGACGCAGAGAUGGAGGCUGCGAGCAUCGCGGCGAAGCGCGAGCGGGAGGACCUGAGCUUCCAGGAGAAGGUCGAGCUCUUCGAGAGUGGUGGCGCUGAUGCCAGCGGGCCCGCGUCUUCGAGGAGGCGCGUAAUCGGCGCUCUGCAUGUGUGCGGCCAGCCGUCCUUUGCGGAGGCCAGGAGCAUCGUAACGCCGGUGGCCUACGUGGCGACGCCAGACAUCGGCACGCAGGACGUCAAGGACCACAAGACCGGCGAGGUGCUCGACCCCGAGCUCGUGCGCGCGGGCCGCGCACGGGAUCGCCAGAACAUGCUGGACAGGUGCCUCUACGAGCGCGUGCCAAUGAAGGACGCUAGGGGCAAGAAGGUGCGCAGCAUGUGGCUCGACGAGAAGCGCGUGCAGGACGGUGAGACCACCGUCCGGUCGAGGUGCGUGGCCAUGGAGUUCAACAUGUACGACCGGCUGGACACGUACACGGCGACGCCCCCACUGAAGUUCAUCAAGUUGAUCGUCUCACGAGCUGCCUCAAUAAGACGUCCUGGCUCCAACGAGUGGACCAGGGUGCUGGGGCUCUACGACAUCGUCACAGCAUUCUGGCACGCCGACUUGCCGCUGGACGAGCCGAUCACGGUGAUCCCGCCUAGGGGCGAGGAGGUCCCGGGGAUGGUGUGGCAGAUGCUGAAGGCGAUGUAUGGCACGCGCCGUGCGUCGCAGCUGUUCCUCGAGUUUAUGGUGAAGGUCUUCGACCAGUGCGGCUACCAGGUUUUGAAAACCAGCCGCCAGAUCUUCUACUCGAGGCAGUACGACUCUUUGGCCGGUUUGUGGGGCGACGACAUCAUAGCUGAGGCGGAGAGCGAGGGCAUCGACCAUCUUGACGCCAUGAUCAGCCGGCUGUGCAACAUCAAGGUCCUCCCUCGCGUCGGACCUGGUUGCAGCCUGAUGGGCCGUUACCUCAAGCGCUACAUCUGCUACGUGCCGGGAUUCGGCUACGAGUGGAACGAGGACCCGAAACACGUUACGAUGCUCUUGGAAAGCACGGGCAAGCUCAAAGCUAAGCCCCAAGGGAGCCCAUGCAGCAAGCACAUCGGCAGGGACGAUCCGGCGAUCCUCGACGAGCUCGACGGCGAGUCGCAGACCAAGUAUCGUAGCGACACCGGUCGCGUGCUGUACGUGUCGUCCGGGCGCUUCGACAUCCAGUACUCGGCCAAGGAACUGGGCGAGCAGAUGUCCACGCCUCGCCGGCUAGGCAAUGCAAGGCUGGACCGCUGCGCGCGGUACCUCGCAGGCUGCCCGUUCUUGGCGCUCGUCUUCAAGCACGAGCCGGAGGCAGGUGGCUCUUGGAUCCCGGUCGACAGCAACUGGGCCGAGGAGCCAGACCGGUACUCGACCCACGCAGGUUGCGAGUUCGUGGGCUCGCAUUUGAUCGAGUCCUGGGUCGUGACUGACCAGGUCCGUGCCCUCUCCAGUGCGGAGGCCGAGCUUUACGGCAUCGUCGACGGUGCGGCCAGGGGUAUCAUGACCCAGAGCCUCUUCAAGGAGAUCGCGGAUCUGCGCGGUGCCGGAGCGGCAUGGUCCGUGACCGUCGGCAGCGACGCCAGCGCCGCCAUCGGCAUCAGCUCGAGGAGCGGCGUGGGGAAGACCCGCCAUAUCGCGACGCGAUGGCUCUGGGUCCAGGACGCCGUCCGGGAGAAGCAGAUCAUCCUCAAGAAGGUCCCCGGCGAGACCAACAUCGCCGACCUGGGAACGAAGGCAUUGGAGCCGAAGAGGCACCAGGAGCUCAUGAAACUGCUCCCCCUGGCAAAGCCUACGUGCCGCCGGUUCCUGGCGGUGUUGGUGGCCCUGGGAGCGGCCCCUGCAACGCAGGCCGCCCAGGAGGCGCAGGAGGAGCUGACGUGCGCGGUGAAGCCGCAGUGCGAGGACUCCAAGCUCAUCAACUAUAUGCUCGUCGCUCUUCUGACCUGGGGGCUGGUGCGCCUCUGGGACUGGGCGCGCCGACCGCGCAAGGUCCAGGAGCAAGUGGAA